AUGUCCUCCCUCUCUAUCUUCCGUAUCGCGACCCGCGCCGUCCGACCUACCACUUUCGUCCGAGCUCCGAUUGUCUCCCGAGUGCAGACCCCAGUUACUCUGGCUGCCCGCGCCCGUACCUUCGGUACUACCUCCAAGCUCCUCUCCGGUCACGAGGACGAGACAUUCGAGGAGUUCUCUGCCCGCUUUGAAAAGGAAUUUGAGGGUGUGCAGGAUGUUUUCGAGCUGCAGCGCAACCUGAACAACUGCUUCGCUUACGAUCUUGUCCCCUCCGUCGAGGUCCUGACUGCCGCCCUUAAGGCCGCCCGUCGUGUCAACGACUACCCCACCGCCGUCCGUGUUUUCGAGGGUGUCAAGGCUAAGGUCGAGAACAAGGAACAGUACAAGCAAUAUCUCGAGGCUCUUGAGGGUUUGCGCCUGGAGCUCGGUGUCGCUCUCCGGGAAGAGCUCUUCCCCGCCGAGGAGUAA